UUUAUACCGGCUUCAGUAGUCGAGCUAUCACAAAUGGCUAUGAAUGUUAGAAAACUUAAUUCGUCACUUUACGACAAAGAGAAGAAACUCUACGCACCAGAGAUGGCCCAAAGAGAGGAGAAAUGCUUUCCAAUUAUAACAAAAAGUUAUUCGUAUGGACAACAAAGGAAAACUAUCACAAAAUCCCUAAAUCUACCGAGUCGACAAGAAAGCAAAUGUACUUCGAAUCUACAGAAGAAAGCAUUUCGCCUGCCCCAGAUCAAUGUGAAACGCGAAUCAUUCAGUGUUUGCCAGAGAUACCAUUCCCGCGAUAACCUUUGCAAAACCAACAAAUUUGAUAACAACUCGUCUUCAUUUAACUCAUUUGCGGCGAAAAAGGUCACCUUUCAAGACACGGCGAAGUUACCCGGAGAUGGGCCUGACUUAUAUUCCUCUAAAAGGCUCUUACAGUCCCUACGAAUUCUUGAUCUUGACAUAUCGAGAAAGAAACCAAGGUUUCAGCGAGAUAACAGUUUAAGGAUUUGUCCCGUGGAGCUAUCACCAAGACCCACAAGAAAUAUCAUCAGAAAGGACACAAUAACUUUGUCAAAGCCUAGGAUCAAAGCGACAUAUCCCACACUACGACUGACAACUAUCGAUAAAAACGCAAUUUUCACUUUUUCGCCGUCUCCAACGGUGAGCUUCGAGUCUUUAGAUUCUAUAAUCGGAGGGCCGCCCACCCUGACACAUCCACCACCAGACAUUCUCUCCUCUCGUUCACCCUCAGAACUUGAGCUUACACCUCCACCAACGCCUUAGUGCUUCAACGAUUGGAAAAAGAGGAAUGUCUUAACUAGUGACGAUACAGCGAUAUGGUACGGAAAUUAAGUGCCACUUAUUCUGGAAUUGCAAGUUAUACUAAAAAAAAAAUUAAUUUAAGAACUUAAGUAUCCUUGUUCCUUUUUUUUUGUGUGGUAAAUUAGAAUCUUCCUCAAAGAGAGACGGUAAAUACUAGCAAACCCUCAGAUUUUGCGGUUGAAUGCUGAACCAAUUAAACAAGAAAGGACUCGCGUUUAGAAUCUACCCUGUUCUGAUGCUUUCAUUAGUUUUAGUUUUAUUUAGAAAAUGAGUAUGAUUGCAGAAACUAUCACUUAUGGAAAUUUGAAAUGUGCAGUGCAGUGAAGUAAACGAAGAUGCUAAAAUUUGAGACUGUUAUAAGGGAGUAAUUCAACACGCAUAUCUUGUCGUUGAAUCAAACUAGAGCUGUGCUUUUCAUCU